UGACGGGAUCCAAAAUGCUGCUCGGCGCUUAACUUGUCGGGCUGGACCGUGGUAGUUUCACUACGCAUUCUGCUGCAACCAGAAGUGAUUCCCUUCCCGGAACCGUUCUUGAAAUAAUUCACAUUUUUGCUAUGAGAUAGAACUUCAGGCCCGUAUAAUGGCCAGUUCACUCGACACUUUUCGAAUCCGAUCAGCUGAUAUUUUAACCAAAGACCCGCUCGACUACGGAGGAUUCGGUGAAGUCUUCUUAUGCCGCCACAAAACCCUCGGACCUGUGGUCCUGAAGUCUGUGUUCACUGGCUUUCUUCGAAACGAAGAUAGUAAGAGAUCGCUGCAGGAGGAGGGGGCCCUGAUGAUCCAACUGUGCCAUGAGCGUGUGGUGAAGCUUCUGGGUGUCAUUAUGGAGGACGGGGACUACUCCCUGGUCAUGGAGCUCAUACCAAUGGGCAAUCUGAAGUCCAUGCUUCAACAGGUUACAGUGCCAAUAUCGAUCAGGGGCAGAAUCGUUCUCGAGAUUCUGGAAGGAAUGGUUUACCUCACAGAAAAUAAUGUCAUACACAAGGACUUGAAGCCGGAGAACAUCUUGGUGGACCAGGACUUCCACAUCAAGAUCGCCGACCUCGGCCUGGCCACCUGCGAGUCCUGGAGCAAGCUGACGCGAGAGGAGUCCCGCAGGAAGAGCCGCUCGGUGGCCACGGCGGGCACCCAGGGGGCCGGCACGCUGAGCUACAUGGCCCCUGAACAUCUGGAGGACAUCAACAUCCGCUCCACGGAGAAGUCUGACGUCUAUAGCUUCGCCAUCGUGCUGUGGGUCAUCCUCACCGGCCGAGACCCUUACGAGAACGCCCGAAACGAGAACCAGGUGUGUAUGUGUGUCCGCAAUGGAAACCGCCCAGCGGAGGACCUCAUCGCGGAGGACAUUCCCCGCGAGAUGGUGGAUCUCAUGAAGAGCUGCUGGCACAAGGACCCGAAGCUGAGGCCCACAUUUCAGGAGGGUUACAAGAUGUUCCUACCUUUCUACAAGGAAAAUCUCGAAGACUUAAUUGAGAAGGAUUCCCAUCAUUUGAGGGAAAUGUACGAUGGUCCCGAAGGGCUGGUGGAGAAGUUGAAAACCCUAACCAUCCCCUCUGAGUCUGCAUCAGCAGACGGCCCCGCUUCCCUGCUGAGCUCAGACCGAAGCGCCCUGGGCCCCGUGGAGGCCAGCGUGGAGGACCUCCACUACCUCUCCUGCCGGACCUCCGUCGAGGUGCCCGCCGGCCCCAUCCAGACGGACGCCCAGGGGGUGGGGGCGGAAGGGCCCCACGCCACCAGCCUGGAGCAGAAGCUGGACAGGGAGCUGCAGUACCACAAGAACGGCAGCUACACCUUCGUGGGCCAGCCGCACUCGGCCGACCCCAGCCGGCCCGACCCCACCCCGCUGCGGCGCGCCGUCUCGGAGCAUCCCCAGCACCCGGGGAUGUCCUCGGUGCGCCCGGCGACCGCCGAGCCCUCGGAGGACGGCUGCUACCGCCCCGACAUGGGCCUCUACGAGUCGAUGGCGCCCGCGGCGUCCUCGGCCAAGUCUCACCACAAGUCCACCGUGUCCAGCAACCCGUCCCUCGCCGAGCACCGGCUCGUCCCUCCGGAGCAGGCCUCGGCCUACGAGCGACAGAAGUCGUGGCCGACGUACCCGGUCCCGGACACGGCGGCGGCCGACUACCCCGCCGGGCUCCGCUUCACUCCAAACACGAUCGGCCCCCUGCAGGAUACAGGUUACCAGGGUUUGUGCAUCCAGAACGCGAGUGCUAUCCAGAUUGGUAAUAACAACUCUCUGAGCAUCAGGGGCUCAGACUCCAGUCUGGGUGGGCCGUCCUACUCUAUGCUGCAACUCAAACAGGCUCUCCUGAAAUAUGACGACCAGGCGGUGACUGAGGAACACCUGGACCUGCUGAGGGACAACAUCGGCUCCAACUGGAAGCGCUGCGCUCGGCGCCUGGGUCUGACCAACGUGGAGGUGGAGGCGGUGGACCACGACUACAGCCGCGACGGGCUGCAGGAGAAGGUGCACCAGAUGCUAGAGCGCUGGAGGAUGAAGGAGGGCAGCUUGGGCUGCACUGUGGGCAAGCUCUGCCAGGCACUGGGUAGCCACAUCCCCGUGGACGUGAUCCAUAAACUGUUGUCCGCCUGCCAGAAGAGCAUCUCUUUCCAAGCAAAGUCCUUCCCAUUAAGUACUUAAGAUAUGGUUGUGUCAUGAUUCUCUCUCUCUCUCUCUCUCGCUCUCUCUCUCUCUCUCUCUCUCUCUCUCUCUCUCUCUCGCUCUCUCUCUCUCUCUCUCUUUCUUUCUUUCUUUCUUUCUUUCUUUCUUUCUUUCUUUCUUUCUUUCUUUCUUUCUUUCUUUCUUUCUUUCUUUCUUUCUUUCUUUCUUUCUUUCUUUCUUUCUUUCUUUCUUCUUCAGAGGGAUAAAGAUGUUCUUUCCUUUCUACAAGAAAGUCUGGAAGACUUAUUUGGGAUGGAUUCUCUUCCAUUGAGUUGAAAGUGAAUUUUCUCAGCCAUACAGACUGAUCAGUUUACAGUUUUGGUUUAUACCAACACCUCUCACGACAGCCUGAUGCUGUAGUAAGUCGAACACAAACUGUUUUUGACACACAAUGUAAGAACAUAAUGUGUUGGUUCUUGGUUUGCAGCAGCGGGCUGAGGCAAAUUCACUCAACAAGUAGAAACGUACUUCCAAUAUCCUGAUGAGAGAAAAUCUAAAAUUCUCCAAUUGUUAGAUGUUUACUGUUUUUGGGGGGUUCAACUGUAUAUCUGGCAUUUACCCGGGCGAGAUGGAUGUAUUUGAGCCAAAAACCUGAACCAUAACAUGAAACAUAAUAAUGAUUUUAUUUAGUGUGGAAGGCAUAGUGAAUCAAGUAGUUGUGUCUCCAUUAAUAAUAACAUUUGAAAAUGUACCGGGUAUUCUUAUGAAUGUGAAUUAUGUUGAAAUGUGCAAUUUUCUUAUAUACUAUUAUAUGUAUACAUUUCUUUCAACUGUUCCACUACAAUAAGAUGUAGAACAAUAAAUAUGCUUCCUGUGCAAAUGUAUGCAAUUAGCAAGCUGGUUGCUAAUGGCUUCUGUGCUAUCACCCUAUAGUAUAAAGGCAAGACUAUUUGUUAUCUUGUAAAGGUAUUUUUAAAUGAUAAGUUUGACCAGUACUUUCAAUGGUCAGCUCACUGUAAUGUGUUUGUGUGAGUAUGUAUGUGGGAGUAAGGACAACGAAGUUGCAUAUCACUAAUGCUGAUUCAUUUUCCAAAUAUAAAUUUCAAAUAAAAUAAAAAGUUUUGU